AUGUGUCAACACCACCAAAACCAACCUUCUGAUGACGCCAACUCCCAACCUCCACCAGACAAACCAGUCUACAAUGAUCCCUUUCCGUGGCAUCUCGGUGCUUUUGACGCCCACUGCCAUCCAACCGACACAAUGUCCUCCAUCGCCUCUCUCGCCACUCUCAACACCCGCGUCCUCACCAUCAUGGCCACUCGCUCCCAAGACCAGCAACUCGUCGCGGAUGUAGCAUCCGAGCACGGCAUCACAGAUUCAGCAUCAAUCACAACAUCAUCCUCGGAUACCGUUUCACCCCGUAAAGGAUGCAAAGUCGUUCCAGCGUUUGGAUGGCAUCCCUGGUUCUCCUACCAGCUAUACGACGACUCCAUCCCCAAUCCCACAUACAACCCCCACAACACCGAGGAUCCCAAUAAAUCUACUGAACAAGAUGCCAAAAUCGCUCACUACAAGGCCGUUCUCUCUCCCACCCCCCAAGAUCAAUCCUUCCUCUCUUCUCUCCCUACUCCAACCCCCUUAUCAGCACUCAUAUCAUCCACUCGCCAAUACCUCACCUCGUUUCCCCUCGCGCUCGUUGGAGAAAUCGGCCUCGACAAGGGCUUUCGUCUCCCCCAACAGCGACUCCCCGACGACGAUUCCUCUCGAGAUGAGAGCCUCACCCCCGGUGGACGCGAAGGUCGUCUCCUCAGCCCCUUUCGAGUGCAAAUGCAGCACCAGCAAGCCAUCAUGCAAGCUCAACUACGACUAGCAGGAGAAAUGGGCAGAGCCGUCAGCGUACACGGUGUACAGGCUCACGGCGUCUUAUACGACACAAUAGCAGCCUGCUGGAAAGGCCACGAGAAAAAAGUCCUAUCCCGCAGAGAGAAGAAAAGAAUUGCCCCUGGCGCCGAAGAAAGUUCCUCUUCAGACGACUCCGACUCCUCAUCAUCCAAAAACAUGCCCACAACAGAAGACAGAACUAAGAAGAAGAAGAAAGCCGGCGGCAAGCCCUUCCCGCCGCGGAUAUGCCUCCACUCGUACAGCGGCAGCGCCGACAUGCUCAAGCAGUGGUUCCACCCGGCCGUCCCCUCCACCGUCUUCGUCUCCUUCUCCACGGCCGUCAACAUGAGCACCGACGGCGGCAAGACCAAGCUCGCCGCCGUCGUGCGCGCCGUGCCGGACGACAGGAUCCUCGUGGAGAGCGACUUGCACGUGGCGGGCGGCGAGGCGGAGGCGCUGCUCGAGGACAUGUAUCGGCUGGUGUGCGAGAUUAAGGGGUGGGAUCUUGAGACUGGGGUUGCCACGAUAGGGGCGAACUUUGAGAGGUUUAUACUCGGAUAG